ACUUGAGUCGACUAGUCGAGUCGAAAAGAGUUACUUCUAACUUUUAGACGGACAUUUAGUAGACAAGAUUUACUGGUUUACAAGGGGUUUAAAAGAUGCUCCCAAUGCGAAGCCAGAGUAUUGCUCGUUUUGUUUCAAAAUCCUUUAGAAAUGUAUCACAGGCUUCUUGUUCAGUACCACUUACAGAUCCUAUUGAAAGUGGUGUUUCUAGCAGAUACCCCAGACCAUCUUCACAAGAAGUAAAGAUAUCAAAACUUGAAAAUGGAAUUCGUGUUGCAAGUAUUGAUAAUGGUGGCAGUGUUAGCAAACUUGCAAUUUCACUACAAAGUGGAAGUCGUUAUGAGUCAGUUACAAAUCAAGGCAUCAGUCAGUUAGUAAAAAAUGCAGCUUUUAUGGCAAACAAAGACAGGAGUGCACUUCGUACUGUUCGUGAAAUGCAAGAUAUUGGUGGCAGCUUGGAAUGCUCUACUUCAAGAGAAGCAAUAACAAGACAGGCAUCAUUCUUGCGUAAUAAACUUGUAAAUGCGAUGCAAAUUAUGGCUUCUGCAUUUAAUGGACCAUUAUUUUAUAAUUGGGAGUUGUCAGAAGUUAAAAAGAUGUGUCGUAUGGAAAAUGCUACUUAUGCUGCAAAUGAAAAUGCAGUCAAUCUUGAACUGCUUCAUAAAGCAGCAUUUAGAAAUGGUAUUGGUUGCUCGUUGUACUGCAAUGAUCUUUUGAUUGGGAAGUUUAGUGCUCAUCAGUUAGAAAAUUUUGCACAAAACAAUUAUAAUGGCGAACAGCUAGUUAUUGUAGGAGUAGAUGUCAACCAUGAUGAUCUAAUGACAUAUGCUCGAGAACUUUUUGGAUCAUUACCACAAUCACAACCCAUUAAAACAGCUCCACAAAAGUAUUAUGGAGGUGAAGCACAGACAUUUACUGGUGUUGGAUUAACAUAUGCUUCUCUUGUUGCAGAAGGAGCGGGAUUGUUUCAUAAAGAUUUGCCAACUCUCUUGGUUCUUCAGAAAGUUCUUGGAUCUGGUCCAUAUAUAAAAUGGGGAAGCAAUACUGUAUCAUCAAGAUUAAACAAGGCAGCUCUUGCAGUAUCUGAUACGCCUUUCAUAAUAAAUGCAUUGAAUUUGAGUUACUCUGACUGCGGAUUGUUUGGUUUUAAUGUGAUUGCAUCACCUUCUUCUAUCCAUAAGGUUUUAAAAUCAGGUGUUGCACAAGUAUCAAAUAUAGCAAAAGGAAACAUUUCAGUUGUAGAUCUUGAAAGAGCUAAAAACCAAGCAAAAGCUAGCAUAAUGAUGGUUGCAGAGAACAAAAAUGAUCUUUUAGAUGACAUUGUUACACAAGUCAUGUACAGUAAUUCAUACAUAUCACCAAAGGUUGCAUCAGCUAAAAUUGAUGCUGUAACCAUUGAUAACCUAAUUCAAGUUUCGAAAAAAGUAUUUAGUGGUAAACCUACUUUAGCUGUUACUGGCAAUACUUCGAAUCCACCAUAUCUUGAUGAGUUGUUCAGUUAGAUGUAUAAUUUAUGAAAAAUUUGUAUAAUCAUUUUAAAUGGAAAAUAUCAUUUUGUUUUA